AAUCUCUCUCCUUCGCUCUCGCUCUCGAUCUCCAUCGCUCGACCUCUUCAUUCAUGGCGGCUACGCGUACGAAGAUCCACCAGCCUCUCCAUCUCUCUCUAUAUAUGUCUGUAAGCCAAUCUCUCUCUCUCUUUCCUCGUCAUCUUCUCCUGCCUCCGCAUUCGGGGAAAACAGAGAGGAGGAGAGAAAUCCAAGGGGAAGGUGAAUAGUAAGAAAAGCGGUUUCUCAAGAAGGAAUGCGGAGAGAACACUAGGGACUCGUCAAGGAAUCAGCCAUGGCUCCUCUCUCUCCCCCCGUUUCUCUCUGUUUGUUCAUGCUCUUCUCUUUUUCCCAAUUCGCUGAUGCCGUCGAUGCCUGCAACAACACUGUUCAGAAGGUUAUGAUAAAAAGAUGGGUUAAUGGUGUUGAAAUGGAUUAUUUGGUUGGAUCGAGUGCUAAAUUUGGUGCUACAUUGCCAGUUGAUGAUGCAAAAGUUCAGAAGUUGCGUGCUAUUCUUGCGAAGCCGUCCACCUGUUGUGUUAAGUCAUCUUCAAAGUUGAUGAAUUCAAUUGCUAUUGCAAAGCGUGGAGAUUGUGAAUUUACCUAUAAAGCAAGCAUUGCAGAGUCAGGAGGUGCAGCUGGGUUAAUAGUGAUAAAUGAUUAUGAUGGGCUUCAGGACAUGGUCUGUGCUGAUAAUCAGACUUCCCUCAAUAUUAGGAUACCUGUGAUAAUGAUACCGAAAUCAUCAGGGGAGGACAUUUUGAAUUCCUUGGCUGAUGGGAAAACUGUGGAAGCCUUAAUUUAUGCUCCAGAACGACCUAUUGUUACUCCCUCAAUAAUUGUUCUGUGGUCAAUAGCAGUUGGAACUCUUACGUGCGCUUCUCUGUGGUCUGGCUACACUACUCGUGAGCAAGAACGUUACAACCAAUUGUCUCCUAAGAGUCAAGAAAAAGGACCAAACAUGGAAGAAGAAACUGAGGAUGAAGUUAUAGAAAUUAAUGCAAAGAUGGCCAUCCUUUUUGUUAUAGCCGCAUCAACUUUUCUUGUCCUUCUUUACUUUUUUAUGGCCCCUUGGUUUAAUUGGCUGCUGAUCAUAAUGUUCUGCAUCGGUGGUACUCAGGGCAUGCACGCUUGCCUAGUGACAGCUAUUCAGAGAAUAUGCAAGGGGUUUCAGGGUUUGACAAUAAAUCUCCCUAUUUGUGGGGAGGUUUUAGUUUUAUCAAUUGUCAUCUUACCGAUUUGUAUUGCAUUUGCUGCUACUUGGGCUUUAAAUAGGAAGGCUCCAAUUGCAUGGGUUGGCCAAGAUAUUCUUGGUGUAUGUCUGAUGGCUACAGUUCUACAAAUGGUCCGCUUACCAAAUAUAAAGGUUGCAUCACUUCUUCUUACCUGUGCUUUUUGCUAUGAUAUAUUCUGGGUGUUCAUAUCACCUCUUAUAUUCAAGACAAGUGUCAUGAUUACAGUUGCUCGUGGUGUAAAAAAUGGUGGAGAAUCUAUACCGAUGGUUUUCAAAAUCCCUCGUUAUGGUGACCCUUGGGGUGGAGAUAAUAUCCUUGGCCAUGGAGAUAUUCUCUUUCCUGGCUUGCUUGUUGUAUUUAGUUACAGAUUUGACGUACUAAAAAAGAAAGAUGGUGUAAACGGUUACUUUCCAUGGUUGAUUACUGGCUAUGGAUUUGGGCUAUUCCUCACAUAUUUUGUUCUAUAUAUUAUGGAUGGACAUGGUCAACCUGCUUUGCUUUACCUUGUCCCAUGUACAUUAGGGACUAUUAUCGUACUUGGUUUGGUAAGGAAAGAAUUGGGUGAUCUGUGGAAUUAUGGAAGAGAUAAAUCUGGCAGUUCUGUUGCUUGAGAAAUUUCCAAGUUUGAUGACUGAUCUAUAUCUAUCUGGUCUUGUUAACCGGCUAAAGUGAUUUCUGUUCUAGUGCAGAAAUCAAACCCAGAAGCACAAACACGGAAAUAGACGAUGAAUUUUCGCCUGAAUCACACCGAUUAUGACAAUUACAAGUAUACAUACACAAACGGUAUAGAUUUUCAUUUGCACUUGUAUACUGAGCAUAGUUUUUAACAAUUCAGGCAUAAUUUCCUGCUAUAUUUACUAUUGUUACAACAAUGUUUGUUAUUUUUUUCAUAU